AUGGCCACCAAGCGUCGCGGAGUGGCAGCGCCGGCGGCGGCGAAGCGCGGGAGGCGCGAGGCGCGCGCGGAGCUCUGCGCGGCCCUCGGGGACGCGGCGCUGCGGGAGCGCGCAGGGGCGGCCUGGGCCCGCGGGGAGCGGCUCCGGCACGAUGCGGUGGUGCUGGAGCCGGCCCCGUUCCGGCACGGUGUCAUUCCCGGUUUUCUGGCGGGCUCGGCUUUCGCGGAGGCGCUGCGGGAUGAACUGCUGGGUCUCGAUUUCCGCGGGCGGCGCAACGACCUCCUCUCGCUGCAGCAGUCCGAGGAGCUGGGGGCAAGCCCGGAGCCCCACGUCGCUGCCCUGAGGCGUGCUCUGUGUGAAGAAUUCCAAGUGUGGCUUUCUGCUGUGACCCAGAUAGAGCUGGAGCCAACUAUUGACAUAUCCUGUGCUAAAUAUGAAUAUACUGAUGUGUUGCUGUGCCACGAUGAUGAGCUGGAAGGUCGCAGAAUCGCCUUCAUCCUGUACCUCGUCCCACCCUGGGAGAAAAGUGAUGGGGGAACGCUGGAUCUGUUCAGCACAGAUGAACACUUUCAGCCACAGCAGAUCACCAAGUCAUUAGUGCCUUCAUGGAACACCCUGGUUUUCUUUGAAGUGUCUCCAGUCUCUUUCCACCAGGUGUCAGAGGUUCUGUCACAGAAGUGCCGUCUGUCCGUGAGCGGUUGGUUCCACGGCCCCUCCGUGGCCAGGCCUGCACGGCACAUUGAAGCCCCCUUGGCCAGGAGCCCACACGUCCCCUGUGAUCAUGAAAUAUUGUAUGAGUGGAUCAAUCAAGUUUAUUUGGACCUGGACUCCCAAGCUCAAAUCCAGGAGGAAUUUGAGGAGCGAUCAGAAAUUCUCCUGAAAGACUUUCUUAAGAAAGAGAAAUACCAACUACUGUGUGAAGCAUUGGAGAACAAAGAGAUCCAGUGGAGUAGUCGGGGGCCAGCCAAUAAAAGACUCUAUGAGGCAGCAGAGGAAGACAGCCUCCCAGACACCCUGAAGAAAUUCCUGCAGCUGCUGCGCUCUGAGGCCUUAUUUUUACUGCUUUCCAACUUCACUGGCCUAAAACUGCACUUCCUGGCUCCCUCUGAUGAGGAUGAAGACGCUGGGGAGGGACAAGCAGCAGACAUCAGUGGGCACAGCAGUCCCAAACCUGAGCAGGAAGAGGCUGAACAACCAGCUAAUGGCAAUUCCCAUCAGCCACACCAGCCUGAGAGCAGCCCUGAAGCACAGGACAGUGAGACACAGAGCAGCUCGGGCAGCCCUGUGUGUGCAGGGGAGCUGCGGCGCUGGACCCACGGGCACUACACUCUGGUCCACGACUCUCAAGCCACAGAAUUUGCUCUUGACCUGCUCUUCUUCUGUGGCUGUGAAGACUGGGAUCCUGAAUAUGGUGGCUUUACUUCCUACAUUGCUAAAGGUGAAGAUGAAGAGCUGUUGACAGUGAAUCCAGAGGACAACUGCUUGGCCUUAGUUUAUAGAGACAAAGAAACGAUGAAGUUUGUGAAAUACAUCAACCAUCGAAGCUUGGCACGCCUGAACAAGCAUCCAAACAAAACAGGAUUUUGGGACUUUUCCUUUGUCUAUUAUGAGUGAUGGUGUGGUGUGACCACUGUCACAGAGAACAGUGGUGGGUGCUGGGCAGGUUCCCACACAGACAUUCAGCUCUGACCUAAGCACAGACAAACUUUGCUCAUGCAACUCCAUCAUGCUGCAUAAUGUGGGGGCAGGUGGGUUUUUUUAACUGCAAAAAGGGGAAUUCAGUCUUCUCCUGAGUCCAUUGUAGCACACUCUCAACUGCUUUUAAUGCUUUGUGGGUGAGGUUGUCACACAGCUGUCACAUUUCCAGCCGUUCUCUCGUGGGAGCAGCACAGUGGCAUCUCUGACCCACCAGGGUGAGAAUUACAACUGUCCAUUGCCCCAGGCUGCUGACUGAUUUUAU